AUGUCAGACAACAGCAUGUUGCCCACACCGUCAUCGUCGUCAUCGACACCUGAAGCUAUGCAACAACUAAGGCGAGAGGUCGAGCAGCAGAUAACUGAAAAGGAGCAGCAACUUCAGGAUUCAACAAGUGGUAUUGGUAGAAGCGUGCUUUCACGUCAAAUUGCACGGCUUAAAGAGCGACUCGAGGAGAUGGAUCGACAAGAACAACAGCAGCAGCAACAACCAGAAGAAGCAUCAUCAUCAACAGCACCCUUGCAUCAUCCACCUAUGACCAGCACGUCGAAUGAAAGAGGGGAUGUAGGAGGAUUCGAAGGAGGAGAAGGCAAUGACUAUCAAGAAGGAUUAUCACCAUCAACACUUGAAAAGUUACAAAAGUUGGAACGUGACAUUCGUAAUUAUCAGCAGCAGCAGCAGCAGCAGCAGCAGCAGCAACAUACACCUAAUAUCAGUAGCAGCAGCAAUAGUACUCAUCAUCAUCAUCAUCAUCAUCGGAAGGACAAACUUGCGUCUCGACCUACAACAUCAUCGUCAGGUCUCGAUACACUUCCCAGUCCAUCGACGUCGAAUAUGCUUCCACCUUCACCUCAGCAGCAAGGAAAUGACUCGUCUUCUCUUUUAUCACUUCCACCACCGCCAUCAGGGUCAACCCCCACAAAACGACGCUCCAAAGUCCCCAAUACAGAACGACGCAACAACAACAUCGAAUUUGCUACUGAGAUUGGUCAUGGAUUGUUGACUGAAGUGAGAAGGAUGCAAGCUUUAUUACAUGAGAAAGGGGAUGAGCUUAAGGCGUUACAGGCUCAAAAGGCUGAUCUUGAACGGGCUGCUGAGUCUUUGGCUAAACAGCUGCGACUUCGGGAAGAAAAUGAAGAGAAGCUCAAAGAGGAGACUUGGAAUUUGGAGCUUGCCAAGCAGGAGUUGACAAUCAGUGUUACACAGCUGCAGCAAAGUCUUAAUAAGGCAAAUGCAGAGCAAAAGCGCAUGGUGGAGCAUAUGGAUGAGCUGACGACUGAGAUUGAGCACAUGCGUGAUCGUGAGGAGAAAUUAUCUACAACAAUUGAGGAGAUGAAACAACGGCAUGAACAUGAUAUGGCAACUGUACGUCGACAUGCUGCAACGCUACAAAGGGAAAAGGCCGAUCAUGCAAAACAAAUCGAAGCAAUGUCGUCAGAACUCGCCAUCGCAAAAGCACAAUCCAGAAUUGGAAGACGUAGCCAUUCAGACCUUGGAGCAAUUUCUGGAUCAGUAUCCGAUAAUAAUGAGGAGCACACAAGCAAUGAGCCGACACUCGUCAAGGAGAAAGAUGCUGCUUCAGGUACGAGAACAUCACCUUCUCCUUCUCCAAAUCCAUCAUCAUCAACUCGUAAUCACGCUCUCGAAGUGGAGACACUCAAAACGUCACUUGCACAUGCGCAUCGCCUUGUAUCCAAUCUACGUUCCAAUUUUCGCAAGGAGAAAACGGAGAAGUUUGAAUUCAAAAAGUUAUUGAGUGAAGCACAAGAACGAAUUGAGCAGCUUGAAAACGAUCCACGACUAUGGACGGAUUAUCCAAGUAAGAGCUCCAGCAGUGGUAAUGGACCUGAUUCGGGUGGAUCAUCAUCUCGGCGAUUACGCAAACCCAAUAAGCGUCGUGCACCUGUAAGCAAAGCUCGUAUGACCACUACUACCAAUGCACGUAUGCAUCCUGAUGCUUCCGAUGAAGACCGCUUGCAUAAACGCCAUUUGGGAGAGACCAGUGAUGAUGACUUUAGCUGGAAUACGGAUGAAAAUGAUGAUGAUGAUGAUACCAAUGGCAAUAUGGGACUUUCUUCUUCAGCAGCAGCAGCAGCAGCAGGUGCAACAGCAGCAGGGUUCACCUCCUUGGAAACCGAGCUCGCUAAAAGUCAGCAACAGCAAACCACCACCACCACCACACCAAAGGUUGUUUUGGAGCCACCGUCACCUAGCAACAACGACAAUGAUGGCCUUCGAUCAUUGGGUGAUGAACUUGAUGCUGCCAACAUACCCAAAGGUGUCAAAAUGGAUGUCAAGGAAGCAGCCGUACAGACCGAAGUAUCUCAAUUGAGUGAGCAGAAUAUACCCGGCUUUGAAAUCACACCAGCUGAUACCCAAGAUCGAGAUACCCAAUUUUAUGGGCCUGAGGUCAUCGAUGCCGAAUCACAAUGCGUGGCACCUUUUGUUAUUGAUCAAGCUAUACAAAUGGAGCCCGUGUCGGCUAUUGACAGAGAUGUGCAAUAUCCUGAUCCACAUGACAAUCAAGGAAUGGAUGCCUCUUCUUCACGUAAUAAUGGCAACAUGAUCGAUGAAUCUAUUCAAUGUGAUCCAAUCGACACAAUGGAUGCAUCUAUGCAAACGGAUGAAGAAAAGUCUUCGGGAGCUAUACAGCAAAACGGGAUUGCUGCAGGACUUGGUGCACUUGCUGCUGCCACUUUUGGUAGAUGGACUGGGAACAGCAACACCACCACGCAUCAAGAUGAUGAGAAAAGUGAGAUGGAGAUGGAUGAUUCACCCGAAAAGAUUGAAGAGCAACCUGCAUCAGAUGCAACAUCAGCCAAAGACUUACCUCCUGCUGCUGCUGUUGUUGUUGCUGCCGACAAACCACAACUUUACACCAAAGAGGAAACUGAUGCCAUGAUUUCAGCUGCUGUUGCUGCUGCUGUAGCCAAGGCCAAAACCGAUAAUGAUGUUACAAUCAAGGAUGAUCAACAUGCACCAGCACGACCCUUGAGUCCACCACCUGAUCACCUUUUGGAUCGAGUCAAUAAGAGCGACAAGGGCAAGUCACCUGCACGUGUACGACCCUCAUCAAAUACUUCAAGUCUCUCUGCGACUGAGAAUCGAGCAUCUAUUGGAUCUUCAGCUUAUGAAACAACCUCUUUACGCAAUGAAGGGCAAAUUGGCUUAAUCACCCAAACAAUGAUUGGUGACUGGAUGUGGAAAUACACGCGUAAAGCUGUAGGGGGUGGGCUUUCGGAUCACCGUCAUCAACGUUACUUUUGGAUACAUCCCUAUACGCGCACAUUGUAUUGGAGCACCAAAGCGCCUGGUACACAAGGUAGCGACAUUAAGACAAAAAGUGCUUUAAUCGAAGGUGUUCAAGCUGUGCCAGAUCAAACACAACCUCCUCUACCUGGUGUCCCCAAUGUAAGCAUUGCUGUCAAAACGGAUGGACGUGUUAUCAAGUUCACUGCUCCUACCAUGGCACAACAUCAAGUAUGGAUCGAUGCAUUGACUUAUUUGGCGUCCCGUGGUGAUAAUGAAGAAUUGAAGAAUGGAGGUCGUGGAUCGUUGGUGACAAGCAGCAAUGGAAGUGUACCUCGAAAACAGAGCAUACAACGUAUUUUCAAGGCUGAACAUGCUGUCACGCCUCAUCUUCAUCAACGACAAGAUGACCCUGAUGACGAUAGCGAUGAUGGAUUGGAGGAUGUGCGUAUGUGUUGUGAAGGCAAGCAUCAUGUUUCUCGUUUGGAGAGGGAUCACGUUCAUCAACGUCCAUUUUAUCCCAAACGCAUGAGCAAGUAUCUUUUACGCCAUCAAGAACAUCAUCAUCAUCAUCAUCCAACUCAAGUCCCACAACAAGUCAAUUAG